CCGUUCAUUUGCGGAAGUGUGGGUCUAGGUUUUAAACAAGAACGCAACAACAAAGGGCAUCGCAUUGGAAAGUCGUGGAAGUACGAUAUCUAUCGCCAAGCCAUACCUAUUCAGUUGGUUGCUCCAAACUUGACGCUCACGCCAUGGCUGCCGCGGAACCAGUCUACAGUCCAACAACAGUUUCAGAGACCAAAUCCAAAAAGUGGUUAAUUGUACCAACAGAUAAUUUGGAUAAAGUCAGAUGUUUGAUAAAGGUGGUGGAAGUGCUCCUGUCGUUUGUGGCCUUCAUUCUUGAAGAGGUAGUGACGAACUGUAUGAGAUGCUCUCCGCUGUACUUCUUUGAGUUUGUCAGCUGCACAGCCUUCCUCUUCACAGCUCUCCUCCUCAUCCUCCUCGCUACCACCCUGCACAAGAGAGUGGGCAUCAGCUGCUGGCCCUCCCUGGACUUUGCGUACACAGCUUUGAUGGCUGCAUUCUUCCUCAUCGCCUCCAUUGUGUUUGCCUCAGAUAAUGGUGGAACUGACCUGGAGAAGGCUGCUGUGGCAUUUGGCUUCCUGGCCACUGUGGCAUUCCUGGUGGAUGCUGGCUGGUUUGUGAAGACCAGGGGUUUGCCUUUUAAAAAGACCAACCAGCAAGCCGCAAGCAACGGCGGGGCGCCCGUGGCAGAGGCCGAGAAACUCAACAGGGAACAGAACGAAGCAGACUAGACCCAAGGAUACCUAAACGAGUGUAACACUGAAGUUAACUUGGAGGGAGGGGUCAGGGUUUUGGAAGAUUGAACUAUUUAUUGUCCUGGAUGGAUUUUCUUAUUCAGUUUUUCUUCUGUUCAGUCAUGUGACUUUGUGUGUAAUGAAUGAAGUUACUUUCAGGUUAGAAUGAGACCUCAAUGUUCAUAUUUUAGUCAACAGCUAACUUAAAGGUAAGGUUAGCGAUAUGACGUAGAUGCACAAAGUGAACAGCAUAGUGGGUCAAUUUCCACAACAACUAAGAGCGUUGGCGUGCGAGUCUAAACUUGUCAGCUGUUUUGUUCCCGUGGCUACCACAUUGUAAGAGGUUUAAGUGAACCUGUGCAGAUACUGUGUGACGGUGAAGUGUUGCAGUGUUGCUUGUGCAGCGUCAUUUCGCUGACUCUACCUUUAACUCCCAGGUUGUAGAAACAUUUGUUUCAGAGAAUAUCCUGGGAUUGUACUGAUGGACACCUCUUUUCCCCCAAAAAAGUUCAUACACAUUUGAUUGGCCAAUGUCUUACUUGAUAAGUAGCAUGUGAUUUUGGAUAGGGUCAGGAAUCCAGAUUUCUGUAAAAAAUGCAAUCAGAGUCAAUUAACAGUGAAACAAAUGCUAAUCCAGCAGCUGAUCUGAAAUGUCUGAGGUGAUAGUACAAAGUAAUAGGGUAGACAUAUAUAAUACGCCAUUUUUCUACUAUUGGAAUAAGACAUUAGUAUUGAAGCGACUGCUGUUAUAAUCAGUGACCCCUGACUGACAAUUCCCUUAUAAGCAAGACAUUCCCAUCCAAGUACAGUAGAAUAAGUGUUUUCUCAGGACAAAUACUGUAAAAGGUUGAUGUUGUUCAUGAAAGCAACGUGAUAUUAGUGCCCUAAUCCUAUCAGAUACACAGUACAUGACUAGGUGUAAGGGUUGAGGGUUUGAAUGGGGCAUAUACAUAGCCCUUAUCUGAACCUGUGCCUUAAUACUGACUAGUAAUAUUCACAGAUAGCAAUAUAUACUCAAUGUUUUGUGCCAAUGUUUUAUGCCUUCAUUUUUGUAAUUGAAAAAACAUCUAUAUUGUGUCAAUAAUUCGUCAUGCAAUAAAUGCCAUCACUUUUCUGAAGUA